CACACAAUACUACUUUUUAUCUGUUGCUAACAUGUAGGCUACAGGAACUCACAACAAUACUGACUGUUUUGCUAUUUUAUUUUCAAUAAAACUACAUAGUCGUGGUACUUUAGUGGUUACAUGUAACUUAAAAUGUAAACAUGAUGGGUUUUUAACAGGGUCUGCCGAUCGACCUUUGGACUGCAAACAGGAAGACAAAGUUGGGUACAAACAGACUAUCCUUUUUUCUUCUUUAGUAUUUUUUUAUGGCACAAAAACACCUGAACGCUGGAGCUCAAGAAAAGACAGAUUUCUUCAUGAUCAGUAUUUGUUUCUUUUUAUUUUGCUUUUAUGAGUUGAAGGGUUGUAGUCUCUUUGCUGCUCCUCCCUUUUCCCCCAAAAGUCCAAUUUUAUGUGAGAAAACACAUCUAGAGUCUCUUGCUGAGCCUGUGAUGACCGUUUAAUCCCCCUGUGACUCUCACAUGAUGAAGAAAUCUCAGGCCUCACAGUACUCGGUGCAAAACAAAGCAUGGUUAUUCUACACUUGCCUGACUUGCAGCAGAUUGUUCUCUCAUGUUUAACAUCAGUUCUUGUCCUCCAGAACAGCUAAAAGCACCAAGAGUUUCAGCUCCUGCUAGUUUACAAGAUGAGGCGUUAUUUUUGGUCCAAAGGUUUUCCUUGGUUCAGAAGAGACCCGUCGAAGAAUGAGUUUAGUCCACUCCUACCAAAGUCAGGAGCUGCAGGAGGAGACGAUAAGGAGGUUGACCUUGAAACUGGAACGCAUCAAACUGAGACCAAUAAUGGACAGGACCUCAAGAGCCCCACAUGGAUCCAAACCCACUACAGUUAUUCUUGGAUGGAUUAUUUCCUUAAGUACUUUCUCUUCCUCUGCAACCUGGCGUUUACCGUUUUUGGCUUAAUGGUUCUUGGUUUGGGAAUGUGGGGCCUCAUCAGCAAAGAAUCGUUUGCUCAGGAAAGGAUUGGCAGCAUCGGCACCGACCCGAUGCUGGUGCUUGUGAGCUUGGGCUUUCUGCUUGCUGUGCUCUGCCUGACAGGGUGCGUAGGCGCCAUCCGAGAGAACUCCUGCUUACUGAGGCUCUUUUCAGGCAUCUUGUUGAUCCUCAUCACAGUUCAGGUGUUGAUCGCCAUCAUGGCCUACAGUAUGCAAGAUCAGAUUGAAGUCUACAUGAGGUCCGGCAUGUUAGCUGCUAUGGCAGGGUAUCAAGAUGAUCUGGAUCUGAGGUUCAUCACAGAUGAGAUUCAAACAAACCUGCAGUGCUGUGGGGCCGAUACCUACCGUGACUGGGAGACCAACAUAUAUUACAACUGCUCAUCUCCAGGAGUUCUGGCGUGUGGCGUCCCUGCAACCUGCUGCGUGGACCCGCUGGACAACGGCACCGUGUGGAACUCCCAGUGUGGGCUUGGAGCCCAGCGGUUAGACGAGUUCACCGCUCAGAGCACAAUUUUUCUGGGAGGCUGCAUCGGGGGGAUCUCCCGCUGGAUCGAGCUGAACCAGGGCCUGGUUGGAGCUGUUGCAGUUGUGGUGCUGGGGGUCCAGAUUCUGGCCGUGUUUAUUACCACACGACUGCUGGAAAGCAUCAACUGGCACAAAAUGCACGCAUGACGUGGAUGUGAAAUUAAAAGAGGGUUGGUUGCUUUAC